AUGGAGGAAUUGUAUGCCGCCGAGACGCCACCGCGGUCAAGAUCUCCUGUUCUGACCGAGUCUGCGCCACUCAGACCUAGAUCGAAGUCGACGGAUACUAAGAUUCCAUGUGGGAGUUCGAUAUUCUUAAAUUCUACUCUCAGCGCGCUGGGUGAGACAGACCGUCAGACUUUCGAACCAAUCUCCGCUCCCAAGGGCCAGAAACCAGAAGCCAAUUUCCAGGAGACAUCCAAAGGCUCAGAGCUGGGAUAUAAAGACUCCAGCGCCACGAUUGAUGAUCUCUCGCACGAACCUGCCUCGUUGCUUUCCUCGCACCAACAAGCCAAGGACGCCGCCGACGCCGCCGCAGGCGAAUCCGAAUCGAUAAAGCUUCUCACUCAGGAGCGCGACAUGCUGAGAGAUGAGCUCAAGUCUGUUACCGAUGAUUUGAAAAACGUCCAGCUAGAUCUCCGUGUGGCAAGAGGCAGAUAUGAAGCGAUGUUCCGAGCCUCUGCCGCUAGGCAGAAGCAUCUGUAUGGAGUUUUUGAGCAGCUACACAAUGUCGCUACUUCUGGGCCGAUUCAGCUUGUUCCUAAUCCUGCUAGUCUAAGUCUCCAGGCUUUGAAAUGGGGUCCCAUUAGUGUUUCGAUGGAGAACUGGCUGGCGGAGCCUAUGAGGGGUUCAGAAGAGCCAGUCGUGCCCUUGUCGAUGACUGCCAAGGAGAGUAGUGGAACUGAUGGAUCGUUCUUUAGUGCCGAGGACAUCUUUGGGAAAGAAUUGGAUCCAAAUGCCCAAGCCUUCUUGCCAAGCUCAUUGAGCCCAGGAAAGAGAACUCAGAGUCUUAAAAAGGGAAGCCGGACCGCUGAAAGAAAGAGGAGAGGCGCUGCCAAGUUCACUUUGAGCCGUCCAAAGCUCAGUCCGUCCAAGCUUUCUCCACAGCUCAGCUUCAACUAUUCGUCCGCCGCCUCUGACACUUCACUAAUUCCCUAUUGUCCAAAUCCAACUGUACGUAGUGAAGACCAGCCUGGGGGGGGUCACCAAGGUAGACAUGAGCCUGGUAGACAUGAGCCUGGUGGACAUCAGUAUGGCGAACAUCAGCAUGGUAACAUGACCCCCUACUCGACGAAAGAGCAAGAGCCGGUAAAGUCUUUCCCAAAGCACUACUUUUCAACCUCGCCUAUCAGAGGCCCAGCUCAAAUCAGCAAUACGGGCAGCUUCUCAAACCAAAGCCUGCCAUGGCAGCUGCAAGAGCAAACCGAGGACCCUUCCGAAAACAAGUCUCGAAAGAAGUCCGGUAAGCAACAGCCACGACCAAAAAAAGGAGGAAAACACCACAAGCCCACGAGCCAGGCGACAUAUCAGCCAAGAUACGAGCCAGUAUAUGUAUACCAGCCGAAAAGUAAGCCAUCGUGGCAGCAGAAGAUGCAACAGAACCAGCCGAGCCAAAAAAAAUCGCUAGCAUCAUACGCUCAUGACGGCCAGGCGAACCCUCAACCCGCACCCCAGGCACAAUGGGUCCCCCAGACGGCAUUCCCAACGCUCCCACAGCAGCAGCCGUUCCCUCGUCUCAUUCAAGUGCCACAUCCAGGCCUCUUCGUCCCUUACACGGCACCCAUCUCACCAAGUGCAGUUUUGGACCUGCUUCCUGCCCGCUGGCGCGGCGUCUGCCCCCACUCAAUGCUCAGCAACUCCACCGGCUGCCCCCUCAAAGCCCGCUGCCGCCUUCUCCACCUCUGCGAAGCCUACAGCAACCCCCAUGGCUCCGGCUGCUACUACGUCUGGGGAAACUGCCCUUUCCUCCACGAGUUCAAGGUCUGCAGCGACGCCAUCGCGGCCCCGCACGGCUGCCCGCUGGAGGAGACACUCGUUCCGCGCCGCAGCAAAGAGCAUUACAAGCACGCAAGCCAGGAGGAGGAGGAGUUUACAAAGGCGAGAACCCUGCACAUGCGAUCGACGGUGCAUCGCUCCGGGGUCGGGCGGGAGGAGUGGAAUUUGCGGGUCGUGGUGGCGAGUUUGAGAGAGGCGCACGAUGCGGGGAUUUACAAUGGAUUGUACUGA